AUGGCCACUGCCAAAGACCCGCCUCUCGACGAGGUGCAAUGGCGCGCGCCGCCCAUCGCCCACCACCUCCAGGGCAUCCACUCCAACUCAGUCCUCUUCUACUUUGCCGAGUCGCCCUUUUUCGACCAAUCCUCUAACAAUGGCAUCUACGUCCAUCAGGCUGCCUUCAAUCCGCAGAUGCAGGCCAAGAUGUUCACCCGUGAGCAGUUCGAAGCCGUCUUGAGCCAGAUGCCCAACGGCGUUGAGUUUCGCGUUGCCCACGCACCCGCCGACAUGGUGACCGGCACUGGCGUCUGGGUCAUCGUCAAGCAAGAGCGUGAGAGGGGCAAGGGUGUCACGCCGAUAGCUCACUACUUCCUUGUCGGCGAGAAUAUUUACCAAGCGCCGACCUUUGGGGAUAUCAUGAACUCAAAGAUUGAAUCCAUCUCAGAGUCCCUGAGCAAAAUUCUGCCCGCCGUCGAUAGCGUCCGCGACUGGACACCGUCACUCGGCAACGCCUACACACAGCCAGCGCCCACCGACCUGGCACGCACGCAACCAGGAGCUCCAUCGAAAGAGGGCACGCCGGCGCCAGAAACCGCCGCGCCCACGACCAAGACUACUUCGCCCUUUGCCAACAAGACGACAAAGAGCGCCCUUGACCGCCUCGCCGAGGAGUCCUUCGCCAUCCACCUGCGCCACGGCGGCGACUACAUCGACCAGAACCCCAUCACCGGUCGCCCCGGCGAGUUCCACCUCUCAUCAACUGGCCGCAAGGAGAAGGCAGCACUCUGCAGCCCCCGGCGCCGACGGCCACACCACAGCCGCUCGCCAAACCUCCGGUUCUGA